AUGUACUUGUGCCGUCUACGUAAACUUGACGCCAGCACCUUAAAGGGUGCUGCGCAUUAAAAAAGCGGUUAGCUGGUAUCAAAGAUAGCGUUGCAAGGGGUUAGAGCGAAUAAGAGGCUAUCCUAACCCUCGUCAAACACCUAAAAAGGAAACAAAAUUAAGGGUACCUAUGAAAGAAUUAUGGCAGAAUACGAAAGAUAGAAAAUACUUUUAGGAUAUAUGGGAAGCCCUCCUAUUCGGAAGUACUUCGGAUCAAUCCUUAAUUAUACCAGCUUGAGGACUUAAUAGAAUAGGUACCUAAGGAGGUAGGUUAGUUUAUUUUACCCCUAUUGGGUACCUACUAUAUAUGAUAGAUCAUUUAUUUUCUUUUUCCGGACUCAUGACAACGUCGAAUUUCUUCUUUGUGUCUGGCUUUACCUUGGAAGGUUAUUAUUAUCACCCCUCCAAUCGACAGGCCAAUCAAAUAUCAAAUAUCUCUAAUCAAUCAAUAUGGUCAAACAUGACCAUCCUAAGGCGAACAUUACCCUCGUAACUGAGUCGCGACAAGAACCGCGAUUUCGUAAACGAUUGACGCGCCGGACGCCCAUUCGAUCUGCAUCCCGCUUUGUUCCUCAAGAUCCCAACGAAACACCAGAGCAUCAUUUUCCCCUACAAACCAUUUCCUCGCGAUUUGCCCAGUCUCGCUUCAUCAACCGCUAUGAUAGCCGUGAGAUAUUGAUUCUUAUUGACGGGAGCUGCGUCAAUAACGGAAGUAGGGAUCAGACUGCCAAGCCAUCUUCCGGUGGGUGCAGUUUCACAUUCAAAGGGCCAGGAAGAUAUGGAUCCGAAGUAGAACAUCCUUUCAAGGAUGCUAAUUAUAAUGACGGUGGGAUGGUUGGAUUUCCUUUGGAGAAGUGCGGACCUGGAGGCGAAAGUUACAAUGCAACAAGUAACAGGGCGAAACUUAGAGCAGUAAUUGCAGCACUCGAAUUUCGCGAUUGGCAAGAAGAAGGAUGGCGGCGCAUCGUCGUUGCGACCGACCUCAAAUACGUUGUUGACGGCGCAAUAAGCCAUCUGCCAACAUGGGUUCGACGCGGUUGGCGGACCAGCAGGUUGAAGAAAGUAGCUAACCGAGACCUGUGGGAAGAACUCAACGGUGUCAUUGAGAACUUACAGAGGCGUGGCACCUCGAUUUCAUUCUGGCUACUUCGUUCGGGUAGCUUGGCUAAGACCAGAUCAGCAUUGGUACGCGAGACUAAAGAUGCCGCUAGAGAGGUCGCUAUCGAGCAUACUGAUGAAACUGCAUUGGAGUUUACAAGGUUAUGUGGCAUCAUGUUAUAAGGCCGUGAUAUUUUGAUUUUGGGAAUUUUACAAGGGCUGUGUAUCUGAUCUGAUAUACCAAGCAUGAAGAGAGAGAAACACAAGAUGGUUGGGAUUUGCCCUGAUGCUACAUUUUGACUCGUAUUCUGAGUCGCAAACACAGUUCCCAGAAGCUUGGCAAAAUUCCUGAUUAGUGCCUAACCUUUGGACAUGCU